AUGAGCGAACAACAACAACAACAGCAACAAAGAAAGGAGUCAUCCUUAAGGACACACAUCAAUGGUGUAUCACUGGAUGAUCAGAGAUUCAGAGGAAUAGAUCCUGUUUUAAGAGAUAGAGUACAUGAUGAGCUGAUGUAUACAGGUACAAAGUCAUCAUGGGAACAUAUAGUUGGAUUGGAUCAAGUUAAGCAACAUCUAAAGGAGAUCAUAACAUUGCCUAUUCUAAUACCAAGUCUCAAAAGUCCAUCUGAUCCCAAGUGCGUCUUAUUGUUUGGACCACCUGGCACUGGCAGGAACAUGAUAGUACAAGCACUUGCCAACGAUAUCAAAGCCACUAUAUUCAACAUAUCAAGGAAGACCCUGGAGUCAGGUGAUUGGGGAUGCAAUGGAUCGACACUGAUACGCGCAGUGUUUGAGGUCGCCAGCUGCUAUUCACCGGUGAUUGUUCAUGUUGAUGAUUUGGAGAUGAUCAUGUCGAGUGGAUUGAAUAAUGAGGAGAUGAGACGUAAUAAGACAGAGCUAAUGGUACAAUUGGAUUCAUUGAAGGAUAGAAAUGAACAACAGGAUGAUUGGAUGUUGGUCAUUGGUACAACCAAUCGUCCACAAGACGUGUGUUCAUCAUCACUCAAGAGAUUUGUCCAGAAGCUAUAUGUCCCGCUACCAGAAUCAGAAGAUCGUUAUAAACUAUUCCAACGACUAUUGCCAGAGGAUCACGAACUCGACGAGAAUGAUGCCGAGGAAUUGGUCAAGAUUACCGAGGGAUACUCAUGCACCGAGUUGGAUAGCCUUUGCGUCGAGGCAUUGAUGCUACCGACUCCCAACACAGGUGUUACCAUGGAGCACUUCAAACAGGCAUUGAUCAGAGUGAGGCCAUGUGUCAACGCAGCCCAACUUAAGUCAUACGAGGCCCUGGAUCAACAGUAUAAUAAUUACUUUUAA